GUGACAAGCAGAAAGGUACCUGUUUAUUGCUUGUUCAUAUAUGAAUACCUUGCAUGGCAGCAGCAGCUGCACAACAAAUGACCUGAUCUUUCCAGUCAUGUGGCUGCAGUUUGUUUAUUCUUCUGUUUUCCUGUCAGCCAGGCACAGGAAAAUGGAACUAACUCAGAGUCAGACAGAAAAGCAGCUGAAAAUAAACAAUAACAAAGAUAUUGGGAAUUAAUGCUUUCUCAUGUUGCACAUAGGAGCUGCCUGUUUGAUAUGUGUGUGGAAGGAGACGAGGAUGCUACCUUAUGUCGCAGUCUGGAGGAAUACGUGCUGGCUUGUCAGCAGCAAGGAGUCAGUAUGGAAGGCUGGAGGCAACAGACAGUUUGUGGUAUAUCAUGUCCUGCCAACAGCAAGUAUAGCUCAUGCAUGUCUGCAUGCCCAGCAUCCUGCAAUGACUUGACCAGCCCCUCUGAGUGUGAAUCACCUUGCGUUGAAGGCUGUGAAUGUCUCCCUGGCUAUGUUCUUAGUGAUUUUGACUGUGUGCCUUACAAACAAUGUGGCUGCACAUACCUUAACAAAUAUUAUGAGAUUGGAGAAAUAUUCACAACUGAUGACUGCUCACAGAGAUGCCAGUGCACAGAAAGCUCCACUGUCUCCUGCUCUAAUAUAGUGUGUGGUUCUGAUGAAAUCUGUGGCAUUUCAAACUACAGUCGUGGAUGCUACAGGAGUGGACCAUGUAUGCCGAAUCCUUGUAAGAAUGACGGCGUUUGCUCUGAAACUACCAACAGCACCUCUCUCCGCUUCUACUGUGAAUGUUCAGAACUGUACACAGGACCAAGCUGCGAGGCUGAAAAGAUAGCUGAAGACCCUCCCACACAGGAUCCUGAGGACCAUACAGUUGCGAUCGUUGUUGGAGUUGUGGCUGGUGUAGUUGUUAUCAUCAUUCUCAUCUCCUCUACAGUAUACCUGUACAGAAGGAAGAGAAAGAUGGAUACAGCUGCAAAAUUAAGGGAUUCUUCUUUGAAACAGUCCAGGGAUGUACUGGAUGCCAGAGUGUAUGAGCAAGAUUAUGGCUGCAUUGUGAACACUGCAUUUGAUCAAAAUGAAUCCCGAAAUACAUACCUAUAGUUGGCAAUAUUUUUCCAAUUCAUUUGUAUUACUUUCUGCUCUUGUAUUUUAAUAGUAUUUCUAACACUUUAAGAAGAAAUAAUAGUAAAUAAAUAAUUGCAUUUGGUGAAAACCUUUGAAAUUGUUCUUUGAAAAUAUCUCUCAGAUCUCGUGUUGUAGACCCCAAGUGAAAUAUGUCCUGACUCACGCAAGAGACUGUGUUGUCUUCAGAGAUUCUUUGAAAAACACAAAGUCCAGACAGACUCUGCCUACAAAAGUGUGUGGCACACCAUCACGUACACACCUCUGACAGAUGUACGAACCAUAGACUGAUGCAGUUAAAAUUAAUAAGAGCAUCCCAGGCAGGUCUUCAUGAGAUCAUCCUAUCCAAAUCCUUCCACGAGGAGGGGAUUAGCUGAGCUGGACACAGUUCUUACUCCUCUUCUGGCAAGCAUGUCCAGCUGAGGAGAGAAAUCCGUAAGACACUGAGCUCAUCUGGUGACAGGUGUAGUAAAAAGAAUGACCCCUAUUGUUCCCCAAGGUGGGAGUGCCGGACUGGAAGAAGUGAAUGUCUGAAGGAGAGUUGCCUCCUUGCUGUGGGGGCAGUGAACAAGAAGUAGGGCUGUCAUCAGCUCCCUGUGCCAGAGGCUAAGCAAGAACAUAGCUUAACAAAAACUUUCUGAAGAAUAAGAUCCUGUCAUAAACUCUCCUUGGGGGGUCUUCGCAUACUCAGAAGCUGCCACACUCAUCCAUGUGGGUAGAGAUCUGCACCAGCUCACUCCCAGACCAUGCUAAGGACCCCCUACAGCAGGCGACCAGAGGUGUUUGUGGCAAGGGCUGAUAAAGUUCAGUGUGCGAGACACCCAGCCCAUGA